CCGACUUGACAUCACUGGGUGUUUCCACGCACGAGAACACCGGCCGGUGCGUUCGCUCACCGCCCUUACCUGAGCUGCUGCAACACUGCUGUAAACACAGUACAAAUACGAACAUGAGCAGGUGCCUGGUCCUCCAGUCCGAGGUGCAGAGCUUCAUUGAGAGAUGCAUGCUGGCGGUGGGCACCAAGCGGAGCCAUGCCAUAAGCCUGGCCGAGGUCUUGGUGGAGGGUGACCGUAGGGGACACUACAGCCAUGGGCUCAACAGGAUGGACAUGUAUGUGAAGGACAUCCAGACAGGCAUCUGUGCCAAAGAUGGGGAGCCAGCAAUCGUAAAGGAGUCCGCGGCCACAGCGCUAGUCAAUGGCAACAACCUACUGGGGCCUGUGGUCGGCAACUUCUGCAUGGAUCUGGCCAUCAAGAAGGCCAGGGAUGUCGGCAUCGGCUGGGUGGUAGCCCAUGGCUCCAACCAUUUUGGCAUCGCAGCCUAUUACUCCAUGCAGGCGCUGAAAGAGAACAUGAUUGGUAUGAGCUACACCAACACCUCUCCACUAGUGGUCCCCACAAGAGCCAAAGAGUGUACGCUGGGUACCAACCCCAUCAGUGUGGCAGCACCGGCCAACAAUGGUGACAGCUUUGUGCUGGACAUGGCUACGUCCGCCGUUGCCCUGGGAAAGGUGGAGCUGCAUCACCGGAGUGGUGAAAUCAUCCCUGAGGGGUGGGGGUGCGACUCUCAGGGCAAGCUGAGUACUGACCCAGGCAAAGUGCUGAGUGGGGGUGGACUGGUGCCCAUUGGGGGCUGCGAAGCCACAGGUGGUCACAAGGGAUUUGGCCUGGGCCUGAUGGUGGAAGUCUUCUGUGGCAUGCUGGCAGGGUCCCAGUACAGCCGGCACAUCCGAACCUGGAAAGUCACUGACCGUGUGGCAGAUCUGGGUCAGUGUUUCGUGGCAGUAAACCCUGAAAAUUUUGCACCAGGAUUCAACGACAGGAUGUCUGAUCUGCUGACUCUGCACCGAUGCCUAGAGCCAGCUGAGCCUGACCACCCUGUGCUUGCCCCCGGAGACCCUGAGAGGCAGAAUAUUAAGAAAUGUACUGACCUGGGUGGAAUCCCCUAUCACGUGAACGUGGUCAACCACAUGAACGGCUUCGCUAAAACCAUUGGUGUAUACCCCCUAUUGCCCACCAACAGGCCACUCCCAGAAUAGAACUCCACCUCCCAGAAGCCUAAGCAAAUAAAGAACCUCAGCUGUCAUUGCAUACUUCACACAUGUUGCCCUGCAGAUAAUAGGCCAUCUCUCAUGUGUAGAGAAUUUAAGGCUGGAAAACUAUUACAUUUAGUACAGUACUAUUUUUUUGUACUUUGGGACAUGUGAGUUUUAAACAGCCAGUUAGCUCUCAAUGCUCACUCUUCAGCUGUUAAAUUUUAAAAUGGCACAUUAAAAAAAAAUAUUUUAGUGCUCUAAU